AUGGCUCUUGCGGAGGUUGUUAUUAGAAAGGUUAAGAAACUUGGGCUAGUCCCCAAGGCUAUAGGUAUGCUUCCUAGAUUGUCGUUCUUGGUUGCCGUGCUUAGUUGUUUAUGGUUGAUUACAUUACCACAGGAAGGGAAUUACCGUAAUGUUUACAUUUCUGAAAACGCGUUAAUGCCAGCACAAGCGAAUUCGUAUUUUAGGGAGAGUGAAUGGAAUAUUGUUAGGGGGUAUAGAGAAGAGAUUAGCAAGAUGGAGAAGCAACUGGUAGGUGAACGAAAUAAAGUGGUUGCGUCGUGGUUGAGGGAUUCGGGGUUACAAGUAUCGUACCACGAGAAUGGGUUUGCUAACAACACGAUGUAUGCGAUUAUGCAUGCUCCACGAGGUGAGAACACCGAGGCCAUGGCGUUGGUUGUGCCAUGGAUAAAUUCUGAUGGUGAGUAUAAUGAAGGUGCUAUGAGUUUGGCAGUGGCGUUGGCAAGGUACUUUACCAAGAUGUCGAUCUGGUCAAAGAAUAUUGUUUUUGUUUUUCCCGAGACGGGCCACAAACCAUUACGGUCGUGGGUCGAGGCGUACCACACGUCGUUAGACGAUACUGCCGGGUCGAUUGAAGCUGCAAUUAUUAUGGAAUACGGCAAGAAUGGUGAUUUUUUUGAGUACUACGAUAUGUUUUACGAAGGGUUGAAUGGGCAAUUGCCGAAUUUGGACUUGUUGAAUACGGCUAAUGUGAUGACGUACCAUGAACAGAUUCCAUGUGCCAUGCAAGGGAUAUCAGAUCGGGUUAUUAACUAUGGUACGCGGUUGAGGACGUUGUUUAGGGGGAUAUUGAAGUUGACGCUAACUGGGUUGACCGAUGAAGUUCAUGGGUGUGAGGCGUUUUCCGGGUGGCAGAUCCAGGCAUUUACAAUCAAGGCUAGGGGUACUGAAGGGAAGGAUGUGACGCAGUUUGGCCGGAUAGUCGAUUCCACAUUUAGGUCGGUCAACAAUUUACUUGAAAAGUUCCACCAGUCGUUUUUCUUUUACUUGAUGUUGUCACCCAAGCAUUUUGUGUCUAUUGGGACGUACUUGCCGUCGGCAGUGAUGUUGGCCGUGUCGUAUGCGUUGAGUGCAAUCAGCGCUUUGGUGGUUGGGUUUGAUUUUCAGAAGGUGCCACUUGUAUUGGUUGUGGUGACGGGAGUUGAGAUUGCGUGUGUUGUGUUGGCAUUUGUGCCGGUCCACCAGGCCAUACUUCUGGGGUUAGGUGUGGCAGCCUUCUUCCCAACCCAGAGAGUGUUUUCGCAGCAGGUGGCGUUUUCGUUAAUUGGCAUUGCGUUGUUGGGGGUGGCGUUGUUAAUUACGGCGCUUUUGAUUGUACACUUUGCCUUGGCAUUCAGUAUUGGUGUUUUGGCAAUUCCAUUGACUUUUGUGCCAACACUAAUGAGAAACAGAUCCCGACUCACCCCUGUUUGUUUGGCCGUGUCGAAUCCGUUUUUUGUGAUUACUGUUGCUGGACAUGUACUUGGGCAUCCCGAGUUGUUUGGCAGGUUAGUUAGUUCGUGGGAUGACUUACAGUGCUGGACAUGGUUUAUAGUUGUUUUAGGGUGGUUCCCAGCGUGGGUAAUUAUCACGUUAAGCUACUGUGGUUACAAACCAGUUAAGGAGAAAAGUGAAUAG